UCUUCUCUGCAGCUGCUGCGUCACACUGAACUCUCUGACUGAUCAUGUACAGCAAGUACAGCACAGGCAAGAUGCCCAACUCUGGAACAAACAUUACAAACAACAAAGACCUGAGGAUUGUGAUGGUGGGGAAGACUGGGAUUGGGAAGAGCGCUACUGGAAACACCAUUCUGGGUCGACCAUGCUUUGAGUCCAAAUGCAGCGCCAAAUCCAUGACUGUUGACUGCUCCAAAGGCUCCAGUAAUAUUGAUGGACAGCAGGUUGCUGUCAUUGAUACUCCAGGUCUGUUUGACACCAGAUUUGGAGAAGAUAAAACAAUCAAAGAUCUGAGUCAGUGCAUCAGCUUUUCUUCUCCUGGACCCCACAUCUUCCUGGUGGUCGUUGCAAUCGGCAGAUUCACAGAAGAAGAAAAACAAUCAGUGCAAAAGAUUCAAGAAAUCUUUGGAGAGAAAGCAAACAUAUACAGCAUGGUUCUAUUUACUCGUGGAGAUGAUCUUGGUGACACCACCAUUGAAGAUUAUUUGUCUGAUAGCCAAGAGCUGCAGUAUCUGGUGUCCAAAUGUAAUAACCAGUAUCAUGUCUUCAACAACAACCUGAAAGAUAAGAAACCUCAGGUCACUGAGCUGCUGGAGAAGAUCAAAACCAUUGUUGACAGGAAUGGAGGAAGUCACUACACCAAUGAGAUGUUCCAAGAGGCUGAGAAGAAAAUCGAAGAAGAGAAGCAACGCAUCCUGAAGAAGAAAGCAGAGGAAAUACGUAAAGAGAAAGAAGAACUGGAGAGAAAAAUACAAGAGAAAUAUGAUCAAAAGAUGCAGGAAAUGAAGGAAGAAUUCAAGGGUCAGCUGGAGGAGAUUGAAACCAUGAAAAAGCAACUACUGGAAGAGCAGGAGAGAGAAAUUCAGAAGGAAAAAUCUAACCUGCAGGCCAAGUUUGAAACCAGAGCCAGAGCAGAAGCUGAACAAUUUGAUCCUCUCUAUCAUCUGGUAAAAGCUGGGGAACACAUUGUCAAGUCAUGUGAAAUAAUGUGAGGUUAGAUGUUGUCACCUAGCAGCUGGUACAGAGGAUAAAGCAGAACUAAUAAGCAUUUUUUCUUUAUUGUCUUGAUAAUCGAGUUAAAGCUCCAGGUAAUGAUGUAAUCCAGCUGUGACCUCUGUAUCUCACACUGUUUUAAAAAUAUUUCUCAUUUAGAUGCUUAAUGUAAGAUGCUAAAAUUGUUUGGCAUGUGAAUUUUGGUCUUUACUUUUGUCAAUAAAUAUGGUUUCAUUAAAGGAAAA